AUGGAGGGUGCUGGCCACCAGGCCUAUGCCGUGUACGCCCAUGAGUUCAACUAUUACGUAAAUGCUGUUGCUCUACUGGUGGAUGAAGGUUGCGAGUUUCGUCCGGGUAGUGAGGACCUUGUCCGCGUUGACCAAUCGACGCCGUCGAUUCAGCGUCCUCUUGCUGGCUCUUUUCGUGCACGCGAAGAAAGUCCGGAAGACAGCCAGGACCCAGCUCUACCCUAA